AAUGUCAUUCCACCAUACCGAAAUUUUUAACAUAUUUAGGUGUUUCAUUAUCUUUAAGUAGACAGAUGAUGGCGCUGUGUAGCUACGGUGGCUUUAGAAUAGGAGAAGAAGAGUAAGUGUCGGCACGAUAGCAACGUGGGUUUGAUAACAUGCCCCUUGUCUUUGAUCGAGUUAAUUUACAAUGAAACACACUGAGUCAAAUGACCAGCAUCCCUCCCUCUACUUAGAAGUUUCUUCCCAGAACGAUGAGCCUCGCCUUCCUCUACACACCUCCAUAGUCCUCUUUCUCCUUUCAUACUGCGACUGCAAGUCUUUCAAAGUGUUUCUAGUCUUCGACGACUGUAGCAGCUCCGAGUCACUGAAGACUCCUCUUCCAGAGUCUGUUAAUGUGUGUGAUGUUCAGCUGGAGGCUCUGCCACAGCUGGUGAGGAGCUGUCGUCUCCCGGCUGCUUUGGAUGAGACCGGGAGGCUCUGCAGGACUGGACUUGCGGUGGUUCUCAGACACAUUAUCAACAAAACCCUAGAGGCAGAUCCUUCCAGAAAUGAUGUUUUGGCGCUGUUGGGUUUCAAGAAAACUUGUCUGAAGGCCUGUGCAGAGGUCAGCAAGUGGACAAGACUGUGUGAGAUUGGCAUCCCCUCUGCUGUUGAGGAACAUCUCCAAAAUCCCACAGAUAAUAUCCUGCAACUUCCUCUCCCCAUUCUCACCCUCGAGCAGCGGCUAGCAGAGCCUGUCAGAGUCCACAACGAUGACAAAAUACGGAGACAGAAACUCCAGGAGCAGAAACGGGGUGAAAAGAACAAGCCCCCUGAAGGACAGGGAGACCUGGACUCUGAGCCCACUCCUGCACAAUCUCAGGUCUCUGAUGGACUUGAGCUCAGAGCAGCCCUGGCCAAGCUGUCUGUGGAUUCAAUUCCAGCUUCAGCCACCAGAGAGAACUCUGAGAUCAGGAAAGUGAAGACAACCGAUUUGCCUUCACUGGAGCACGUGUUUGCUGAGGGACUGUACUUCACUCUGACAGAUGUGGUGCUGCUGCCAUGCAUUUAUCAGUAUCUGUACUCCCUCCAAACCCAUGCUGCAAGUGCUCUACAUCAGCUCCCACACCUGCUGCGCUGGUACAGCCAUGUUCAGGAGGUACCAGGGGUCCUUCGGGCAGCCAAGGAUUGUGGGCUUCUUCUGUCCAUCCCACAAGUUCCCACAUCAAGCCCCGCAGGCUCAUCAGCAGAGGACGCCCCGGCAAGUGUGCCAGUACAAGAGGAAGGCCAAGAGAUGACCCCACAGCUCCCCUUUGUCGGAGGGCCCAGACCAACAAUGACUAAACUCAAAGAAAAUGGCAUAGAGGCUGUCUUCAGUCCCCAUCCUUGCCCUGACUGGACCCUCCCGUGGGACAGCUUACCAGGAGCCAUCAACCCCGCUGAAGGCAAAAUGUCAAAUAUCCGAGCAGUCAGGAAGAUGCAACAGCUGAAUAACUUGGUUGCCAUGGUUACAGAGCUAGCCAGGCCAGGAAACACGGUUGUGGAUUUCUGCAGCGGAACGGGCCAUGUUGGGAUUGUUCUGGCUCACACACUUCCACAUUGCCAGAUCAUCCUCAUAGAAAACAAGGAGGAGUCCUUGGUCAGGGCCCAGAGUCGCAGCACUGAGCUUGGUCUGAAAAACAUCUGCUUCAUUCAGGCCAAUUUGGAUUAUUUCACGGGACCGUUUCAUGUUGGGGUUGCCCUCCAUGCAUGUGGCAUUGCAACAGAUAUGGUUUUGGAGCACUGCAUCCAGGCAAGAUCCGCCUUUGUUAUUAGUCCUUGUUGCUACGGCUUCAUCCAGAAUGCAGUCAAGUUCACCUUCCCCAAGAGCACCAGUGACAAUUUGAAGCAGCAGUGUCACAUCACCUACUCAGCAGGAUCUGUCCCUGACAUUUUCAGUUAUGUCAGUGCCUGAAAACAGGCUUCUCUGUGCAUAGAUGUUCAUUUCUGUUCCUCCAUCCUGGUUACAGGAACAGAAAUAAACCACUAUGGACUAUUGGUAAUGUGGCAUACAGUGUGUGGUCUCACAGAGAUCCAAAAAUUAUGAAUAUCUUGUUGCUUGUAUGAUGUUGUUUGAGUAAAAAAAAAAAAACAUAAAGCCCCACACAAUGAAAUAAAAGACUGUGCACUUAAAUUUUGUUUACUCUGUUGCUAUGUUGACUAAUGGUAGUGUAAUAGCUUAAGAAUCAAAACAAGGUAGACGGCUGCUAAAACCACUUGAAAUGGUUGAGUUCUACAAGACAACAGUGUUAUGUAAGAUUGAUUAUGUAACACUAGCAAGGUAUGAUGGAGAUACUCUUGGGGCCAAUGUUCUCCAGUCCUAAAGAUAAUCCAGAUUACAGUGUGUGGAGCCUUUAAGGAUUUUACCAGGUUCCCUACCAUUUUUUCACCAUGUUUUUAACUGCUCAUUUUUUUACUUUCCAAAAGCAUUGUCAGCAAAAACACCAAACUAGUGCUGGUUUCCUAAAUCAUUUUGCAUCACAGUUGUUGACCCAUUGAUUUCUCAAACUCUGUAGUCUAUUUCAGGGUUGCAUGCUGACCAAUGAAAUUGGAUUGUGAAUACAAGCAGCUAAAAUGAGCUUCUUUUGUAAGUCUGACAUUUUGCGUAUAAACUAAAACUGUGGUGAAAGGCGUCUUUUUUUUUACAGAUAUGAGAACAACGGAAUAAAUAACAAAUGUUUCAACUGUGAAAUUUGAUCAGAACUGCUUCCCUGAUCAGACAAUACACCGUAGAAAUAAGCAUCACAGCUGUAGGCAAGCAGACGGGAUGCACACAUGAUGCAGUUAGUGUAAAUGCUUCUUAUCUCUUAGUUUGGAGGCUAACAAUAAACUAUGAUACUACUACUCUCCACCCAUACAAUCUCCCUCUAUUACAAACCCAUAACCUGACGUUUUUAAGUAAAGUCCAGCUGCAUCACACUCCGCUACCAACAGCUUAAAUGUGCUCUGAAAGCCUUCUUGCAAUAGAACAAUCUACAAAAUCUGAAAUUGAACCUCUCACUACACCUCAUAACCUUUUCCAUCACAAGAAUGGAGAUUAGGCACACUCAUGGCAGACUUUGAGAUCCACACUCCUUGGAUUUGAUGGCAACCAGGCA